AUGUGGAAGCCGAGAGAAACAAUUUUGUUCAUCACAGAUUGUAAAGUGCAAUACGACACCUUUUCCAACAGUGCAAUAGGUACUCCAUCAAUGAAAACUAUUAUCACCGAGAAUCCGGAAGGAAAAGAAGGCAAUAUCUUGAAAAACUAUGCAAUGAACGCGCAUUUGCACAUUUCCGCAGUUAUGGAUCAAUUGCUUGGAGUUAUGCCAGAACCGGCUUUUAUCAAAACGAUAAUGAUAAUACGUGAAAUUCAACUCAAAUUGAACCAAAUUAGUAAUACAAAGUCAGUUAGAGUAGAAGAGAAUCAAUUUGCUGUCAUUUUAUACGCAUACGUGACCAAACUAGACAUUGAUGGUCUCUCCAGAAUAUUCAGUACUCGUUGUUCCCUUUGCAAAAGUAUGACUAACCAGUUGGAAGAAUGUCAAAAUGCAAUUUGCUUGUCCAAUACAUCUAACCAAGUGAUGGAUCUUGACAAAAUCUUUGAUUUACGCAUUGAAGUAUCGGAUAGAACCGGUACAUUAACUCAAUGUCGAUUGAGUGGACAAAACGCAAAAACUGUAUUCAAUUGCAGUCCUUGUGAAUUUUCUGCAAUGUCCGAUGAAGAAAAAUUGAGAAUCAAGUGGAAAUACCUAAUGGAAUUUUGUGAAUUGCGUUUGGUUAUCCUGUUAAAAAAUGAUAGACCAAUGAUAACAGUUUUGACCUGCACACGAGCGGAUGUGAGCGCUCACGGGGUAAAUUAACUUUUUAAUUCAAAAUCAUUUAAAAAUAAAUAACUACA